AUGAAGCUUUUACCAACUUUAGCGGUCUCUGCAUUUGCCGCGGACGACUACUGGGUUAACAACUACGAUGAAUCGGCACGAGUUCCAUGCGGGCAAAUCGACUCGGUGGACGAUGUCACCCACAUCAGCUGGUUCAAGACGUCCAUUACUGCGGAUAACCAAAUAGGCGGAACAGAAGAAGUCGCAGAACUUAUCCGCGAGAAUGGAGACAAUAGGAAAGAGUCGAAGAUCGAUGGGUUCAGUAUCAAUGAUGAUGGCUCUCUUUCCAUCCAAAAAGCUGAGGGUAGCGAAUUCACGCCAGAAGACGCUGGUUUCUACAGAUGCUCCGUUAACAAAGGAUCCGACCCUGUCGAUUACUCAUACAAAUUUAAAGUCAACUACUUGCUGGACAAAAACGACUUGACCCCAUUUGUCAGACACAAGAAAUUCGGCCCAAAGGGUGGCAUGGAAUACCCAGAAGGAAUCCACUACGACAUCGCCGAAUGUGAAUCGCGCGAAGCCGGUCCCGAUGCGGCGAUCCUGAGGUGGCGCGCGCUUGACGAAAGCGGCGCCGAAAUCAGUGACUCAUCCGUCUUCAGCGCUUGCAAAGGUGGCGAUGACAGCAACUUCUGUGGCAAAACUAAUGACUAUGUAAUGGACAAGAAAGAUCAACGAGCUUUGCAAACUACUACUCUUCCAUUAGCUUUUACAGCAGAUGGCUUUGGCGGAAUCAACUCUGACUUCGACAAGGCGCAUUUUGAAUGCGUAGCAAUCUACAAAGAAGCAAGAAAUGGUAUUCUCAAAGAACUCCCCAAGAGUACAAGAUGGCCAGCAGACAAUAAACUCGUUCGAGUUCUGCAUCCCGUGAAGAAUGUUGAAAUUCUCGUAAAUGGUGCGUCCGUACAAGCUGGUGUGCUCGAUACGACCUAUGGCGAGCCAGAGCUCGAUUGCACCUCUGAUGGUUAUGACAAUGAGAGCGAUAACGAGGUUGUUCCAAGCCGAAACGACGCUGGAGCCAACAUUGAAUUUGGCUGCAAAGCUCGAAACGGUCAAAACGAAGGCAAUUGGGUGGAAAAAUCAUUUAUCUUUACUCAAGCCAGUCUAAGCGAUCCAACAGCUACACAAAGCCAUGGCGGUCUCAAGGUUGAAGUUACUGCUGAUAGUUCGCCGGCAGACGCGAAAAAAGGCUCGGCUGUAUACAAAUGCGAUCAACUGCCAAAGAAGCAGGCAAAGGGAACUAAAGAAAACAGAGACAUGUUUGAGUACUUGGAAGCUAACUGUGUCAAAGCGACUCCAGCUGGAGAUGCAAAUACCCACGUCAUCAAUCCAGAAGAUAACCAAAAGCCAUUCACCGUAGCUGUGUCUACCUUGGAAGUAACUGAUUCGGAAGGAAACACAGAAACUCUAUACAAUUACGCGACUCUCCCAUCGGGAAGAGACGGCAGUGUGCCAGUAGAUCAAGAGUUCCCUAUUGAAGCUUGGUUCGAAAACAUGCCAUUCGGAGAGCCAGAUGAUCAAGUUGAAGCAUAUUACUAUGACGAGACUCAACAAAAGCUUAUCCCAAUUGAUGGAGAAGUGGUUGAUCAGAGGGAAACCGAGCGAUUCCACGUUAUUGUCGAUCCUCAACCAGAAGACGGAGGAAAAUAUGUUCUUUGCUACGAUUUCUCCAACAGUGUUGACGAAAACAAGUACACCGGAGCUACUUUCGAAGAUGUAAAGAAUGAUUUACAUCGAGACCACGCCGACUUCUGCCGCUUCUACGAAAACUCAUUCCUAGACACUGGUAACCUCAUGGGCUUGCUCUUUAUUCCCAUUUUGCUGCUUCUCGCUCUGAUCAUUUACUGCAUCUGGAAACAUUGCUGCGCCAAAGAUGAAGGAGAAGCAGAAGACGACACCGAAAAAUGUGAUCCAGAUGUUAAAGAAAUUGCUGGCGGUCCCGAGCAAGGUCCCGAAGUGCAAGCCGUCGAACGAACCCACUCUCACCGACUUAAUUCUGAUGCCAGAUGCGACUUUACGAAUGAUGAGUCUCCAACUGCCGAUGAAACCACGGGCUUUCAAAAGAUUGAGUGGAGUGUUCGCACAUUGAAUGGUCAAGUACCUUCUCCCGAGAGACUCGUGAUUUUCAGUGAGAAUAAGCCAAAAACCGACAUCAAAGAAGCUGGCUACGACUUCGACAGGGCAACAGGAGAUCUUCUUGUAACCAGGGCUCCUCUAACCAUGGACGAUGCAGCAUUCUUCUCCUGCGCAAUUACACACGAACAAGGGGAAGACUUCCAAGACACGAAACUUCUAGUUUUCUCAGCACCACCAGAGUCACAGCGACGACCCGACGUAUUCAAAGUUGCCGACCAGCGGGACAACGAAGAGUUUACCUUCCACGAGAAUCAAUUAUCAAGUCAGAUUACUGAAAUCGCAAUGUGUCGUAGCGGAUACGCUUCACCAGAGCCUGAAAUCAGCUGGGUGAUUGAAGACAAGGCCGGAAACCGAAUCAGAACUAUCGACAUCAACACGAUCAGAUCUGACGAUUUCGAAGACUUCUUCGUUGAUUUCGAUAAUGAGCUUGGAAAGCAUGGUACAAAAGAGGUCGAUCUUCCACUCAAGAUUCACUUGUCUUCUGAGUUCCAUCUUCAUAAAUUUAAAUGCGUUGUUACUUAUCAGCUCGCUGGGGAUAAUCAUGAAGUCGUUACAAAAAGCUACGAACGUCACUACCCCCCACGGGACGUGAUAAAAGUCAUCCACCCCGUGUCCUCUGUCUACCUCGUCAAAGAUGACGAAGAACUAGGCGACGUUCUUGAUAUCAGUGGCUCUGAUGUCCAGAACAUUGCCUGCAAAGCAAACGGAUACGACCCCGGCCAAGAGUCACAUGUGACAAUGAUUCCAUCCUUGUCCGAGUUGGAAAAGGAAAUCAUCAAAUGCUCAAGUAGCAAAAGGCGCGUUUGCAGAAUGACCAUCACCUGCGCUGCAAAGAACUCGCUUAAUGACGAGGAGCCCAAAGAAGCGAACUCAAAUGAUCAACUCGAGGUCACCUGGUAUCCUGCCUCUCCAAACGAAAAGCUUAGUGGAGGUAGCCUCGUGAAGAAACUCGAACGCUCUAAAAGUGAAAUCAAUGCGGAACCUUCUGGAAGAGUCUUUUUAUCCCCAAACGAGCGAUACGUUGCAGUAGUUUCUAUUCCCGGUGAGAGCUACAAAAAGGCAGAGUUCUUCGUUCCCGUUUUGGAGAUCCAGAAAGCCGGAGGAAAACCAACGAUUGAAGACGGAAAAGAAGGAGUUGGUGGAAAGUGGCUGGCAGUGGAGAAUCCCUUCUCUGGUCAUCGAGUUGGCGCCAAUUCAAUAAUCUUCUUCAAGUGGCACCAGAAUGCUCACAAAUUCACGCGACUCGAUGAUUCUUCAGAAGAAAAGCUCACAAACGGCGUAAACCGACUUGGAGUCGAUCCUCCAUUAGCUUCCCGGUUUGUCAAAGAUCCGAUUGGUGGAGAAUACAUCGCAUGUUACGAUAUCUUCCAUGAUGCGGAUAAAACAAUCAUGAAUCGAUCAUUCCGAAUUUUCGAGGCGGCAGCUGAAGAAGUUCACAGAACCCUUAACUCACAGGACUCCGAAUUCAAUCAGUGCCGUUUUUACAGAGUAAAAGAACAGGAGGGAUACUGGUGGUUGUGGAUCAUCAUCAUCGUAUUGCUUUUGAUUUCUAUUGCAAUCGGAGCGAUUUAUUUGCGAAUUCGAAGCGAGCAAGAGCAGGACGAGGACACUUAUUCAAAAAUCGAGGAGCCCCUGGAGGGACCUUCCGUUAUCGCCGUGCAAACAGAAACCGCGGCCGAUACGCGCGCUGAGUUUACCUACAGGGUCAACAUCAUUCCCAUCGACCAAGAAACAAUUCCGGAAGGACCGACCUCACAUCCGCCAAUAACGUGUUCAUCCGAGUCCGAGGUUGAGGAGUCAGAAGAAGAGGAGCAAAACUGUGAUCUCGGAGAGCAGGCUCCAAUGUUGCGAAUGAGAGGCAACGAAUGA